UCGCGUAACCGGCACUUGGGCUCCAACCGGGCGGUGAAGACGCCGAGCGAGGAGUAAUACUUAUUUAUUUAUUGUAGUGUCUUUGUGAUUUACCGGAGCCGAACAUGCUCGGACUGUGCCUCUACGUGCCCGUGUCCAACGCGGACCCCGUGGAAGUGGAGUACUUUGAGUCUAACGGACUACCGACGGAGCUGAAGUCCCUCUUUAACAAACUCAGCGUGUUCCUCCCGUCUCAGGAGUUUUCAACCUACGAAAAAUGGCGGAAAAAAACUUUAAAAAGGGAAGAAAACGAUGCAGACGGACAGCUGGACUUCGAGGAGUUUGUUCAUUAUCUAGAAGCCUACGAGAAAGAGCUGAAGCUUGUGGUGAAGAGUCUCGACAAGAAGAAUGCAGGUCGUGUCGACCCCAAAGAGUUCAUGCAGUCCCUCCGUGACCUCGGAGUUCACAUUUCCCUGCAGCAUGCACGUAAAGCGCUGGAGAGCAUGGAUAAGAACGGCAUGAUAACCAUCAGCAGUAAAGACUGGAGUCAGCACCCGGUGGUGGAGAAGACUGAACAUGUUCCUGAGAUCAUUCUUUACUGGAAACACUCCACGAUAUUUGACGUUGGCGAGAACCUGAUGGUGCCCGAUGAGUUCACCACUGAGGAAAGGCAGACUGGGAUGUGGUGGAGGCACCUGGUAGCAGGCGGAGGAGCUGGAGUCGUUUCCAGAACCUGCACGGCGCCGCUGGACCGACUCAAAGUCAUGAUGCAGGUCUACGGAACCAGAACCAACAACAUGUGCAUCAUGAGUGGACUCAUGCAGAUGAUCAAAGAGGGCGGUAUGAGGUCGUUGUGGCGGGGGAACGGUGUGAACGUCAUCAAGAUUGCUCCAGAAUCAGCCCUGAAGUUUAUGGCUUAUGAGCAGAUUAAGCGUCUGAUCGGCAGCGAUAACGAGUCUCUGAGCAUCUUGGAGCGGUUUGCUGCUGGGUCUUUGGCAGGCGUGAUCGCCCAGAGCUCCAUCUACCCCAUGGAGGUUCUAAAAACCCGCCUGGCGCUGAGGAAGACCGGCCAGUACGCUGGGAUUUCAGACUGUGCCAAGCAGAUUUUCCGGAGGGAAGGACUGGGAGCGUUUUAUAAAGGCUACGUCCCAAACAUGUUGGGAAUCGUCCCGUACGCGGGCAUCGACCUGGCGGUGUACGAGACUCUGAAGAACUCCUACCUGCAGACGUACGGCACCAACAGCUCCGACCCCGGCGUGCUCGUCCUGCUGGCCUGCGGUACCGUGUCCAGCACCUGUGGUCAGCUCGCCAGCUACCCGCUGGCUCUGAUCCGAACCCGGAUGCAGGCUCAAGCUGUGACUGAAGGGAAUCAGCAGCUGUCCAUGAGCGGACUCCUCAGGCAGAUCCUGCAGAACGAAGGUCCGACAGGGCUGUACAGAGGCCUGGCCCCCAACUUCCUGAAAGUCAUCCCCGCCGUCAGCAUCAGCUACGUGGUCUACGAGCAGCUUAAGACUCAGCUGGGAGUCACGUCCCGCUGAAGGCAGACAAACGCACCAGAAUCGCCAAACUUUCUCCUGUCGGGGUCCACCGGGCCCUCUGGAGGCUGGAGUAGCCGUCCCAUUCUGUGAAUGUCGGCUGACAAAGGAAAUAUGGACUCUGUGAGCUCAGGUUGUCAGAAAUACUGCUGCUAUGAGGGGUGAACGGUGACGAGGACCAAAUGUUUAGUCGUCAAACGCGGAGAUGUGGUGUUGUGAAACUAAAAAGCACCAUCAGCACUCAGGAAGUCUUCUGUAGCAGCUCGGUUUGUCCCCGCCCCUCCUGUGUCCAUGGCUGGUUUGCUUAUUUAUUUCCACCCUCCCUGUAUUUAUUUCUCUUGUCUGGUGGAGACGACCGAGUCAUUGUUGCUUUAAAGCCGAUUUAGCUGUUAAACGAUGUCGUGGAUUAGCGCCUGGACCUCCGGACGCUGUGGGCUUCUUUCUGCAGCGUCGUGUUUGUGAGCGUCGUUUUAAGAGUCAACAUCGUCUAAGUUCAUCUCAGUUUAAGGGAGUUGUUGUCGCUCACUGCAGGAAAAGGCCGUCGAGGAAAAGCCCAGCAGCAUUUUGCACUUUAAUGGAUGUUAGAAAGGCCUCUAAAUGACUCGCCAAUGCAAGAUAAUGUUGUUUGUCCUUAAUUUUAGUGUUUUAAUGUAACUGACCUUUUUGAUGAUGAUAAUAAAUGCACAUAAAUGUAAA